AUGGCCAUUCGAUCUUUACCUUCUUCCUCUCGCUGUUCCUCUUCUUCUUCUUCUUCUUCUUAUUCACUCGCUUCAACGAGUCUAAGCAAUAGACUUGAGACCAUCUUCAAGAAAGCUUCAGAGCUUUGCACUCUCUGUGAUAUCGAAGCAUGCGUCAUCUAUUACGGACCAGACGGAGAACUCAAGACAUGGCCUCCGGAGCGAGAGAAAGUGGAAGACAUCGCUCUCAGGUAUAGUCAAUUAAACGAAGCCUUGAGAAGGAAGAAAAGUGUUACUCUUUAUGACUUCCUGAACAAGAAGAAGGACAAGACGAACUUGGAGAAGAAAGCAAAGAUAACGGACAAUGAUGACUUGAAGACUUGUCUGAAGAACGUGAAUAUUUUAAAGUAUCCACUCGCUGAUCAUUACUCUCCCGACCAAGUUUCUCAACUGAUUCAGUCCUUAGAACCUCAUGUCUCUAAAGUCCGAGAAAGGAUUCGUUUUGUUGAGUCGCAGAAACACAAGGAGACAAAACCGGAUCAUCAGAGUUUAGCAUCAUCCUCUCUGAAUCAUCAGACCCAAUCUUUGAACCCUAGCCAGUUUUCGCUGUUUAUGUAUAACCAUGGAGACAAUACUCUGUCUCAGAUCCCAGUCUCUGCAUCAAAUUUCAAUCAGGAUUAUUUCUCAGCGUUACUUGAACAAUCUGAGUUGAAGAGUCAGAUAAUGAAGCAGGAUCUUUGUGGUUAUGAGCAGAACAUGUGCAUGAGUAACCAUGGAGAUGCUACGCUCUCUCAAAUCCCACUCUCUGCAUCAAAUCUCAAUCAAGAUUUCUCAGCCUUACUACAAGACGAAUCUGGCUUGAUGCAACAGGAGCUUUGUGGUUAUGAUCAGAACAUGUUUAUGAACAACAACAACUUUCAACAUUCUUUUGUCUCAAACACACAAGAUCACUCUGCUCCUGUGGUACAAGAAUCUGUGAACAACAACUAUGGGUUGAUGCCGCAUGUUCCUUGUGGUUAUGAUCAGAACCUGUUCACGAGUGAUAUUACCAACAACAACCUUCUUAUCAACAACUCGAUGUUUCUCUGA